AAAAGGCUGUUUAGGUAAGCAUGGAAGGGAGCUAGUGGCGAUAACCCUGCUUAUCAAUCGAGGGGCAAUGCGAUUUCUAGAUAUUUUUCUUAUCCAAAAAUCUCCCCCACCAUCCUAAACCAAUUCAUCAACACCCUUCACUAAACACCUACCAUCACUGUCUACGUAUAAAUCGGCAAGCCGUCGCCAUGUCGAUGGAUAUAGAUGUAGACGCUCCUAUCUCGAUCGCCCCGUCAGAUGGGAUAACUACCGGUGGCGCUGCGACCAUAUUCUGUUGCGACUGCGGGGCUCCUAUCGACGGCACAACAGCGAUCGAUGCCAAAUGUUACGAUUGCUUCAAACUUACCAAAGAUAUCUCCCAAGGCAUUCAACGAGAAGCAACCCUUCAUUUCUGCCGAGACUGCGACCGAUGGCUACAACCACCUUCCAGUUGGGUAAAUGCCCAACCCGAAUCUCGCGAACUCCUAGCAUUAUGUCUAAAGAAAUUGAGCCUUAACCGAACAAGGAUAAUCGACGCAAGCUUCAUAUGGACAGAGCCACAUUCGAGACGAGUACGAGUGAAGCUUGUUAUCCAGGCCGCCGUAGCAGAUGAUCGGGUGAUGCAACAGGCUAUAGAGGUAGUGUACGUUGUUGCGUAUCAACAAUGCCCAGAGUGCGCCAAGUCAUAUACGGCCAACGUAUGGAGAGCGAGCGUACAAGUUCGGCAAAAGGUGUUACACAAAAGAACAUUUUUAUACCUCGAACAACUAAUCCUGAAACACGGCGCCCACCGAGAAACCAUCAACAUCAAGGAGGCGAAAGAUGGUAUCGACUUUUUCUUUUCCGCCCGAAACCAAGCCGAGAAAUUCGUGGAUUUCCUGAAUUCGGUCGUGCCUGUGCGAGUCAAGAAAUCCCAAGAACUCAUUUCCCAAGAUGUCCACACCUCUAAGAAGUCAUACAAAUUCACUUUCUCUGUCGAGUUAAUACCCGUUUGCAAGGAUGAUCUAGUCGCUCUACCUAUUCCUCUAGCCAAGCAAAUUGGCAAUAUCUCCCCACUCGCAAUAUGCUACCGAAUCGGUACAUCUAUCAACGUUUUAGAUCCGAAUACCCUCCAAACAGCCGACAUCAGCGCACCUGUAUACUGGCGAUCGCCCUUCGCUGCGCUCGCCGACGCCCAAGACCUAGUCGAGUUCAUCGUGAUGGACUGCGAGCCCUCGGGCCCAACGCGAGGAAAAUGGAUUCUUGCCGAGACACAACUUGCGCGAGCCUCCGACCUAGGUGUUAACGACCGAACCUACUUCGCACGAACACAUCUCGGCGGUCUAUUACACGCGGGUGAUUCAGUCAUGGGAUACAUGCUUACCGGUACCAACUUCAACAACCCACAAUUCGAAGCCAUAGAAUCAUCAAACACAUAUGGGUCAAGAAUCCCGGACGUAGUAGUUGUCAAGAAGCACUAUCCGAACCGCCGACGCAACCGCAAGCGGACGUGGAAGGUUAAGCGUAUGGCACGCGACGAGGGCGAGCUGUUACCCAAGAAAGCCGACCAAGACCGCAUGGACCGCGAGUUUGAGCAGUUCUUGCGUGAUAUCGAGGAAGACGACGAGUUCAGACAGGGUGUACAGUUAUAUAAACAACCCCCGCGCAAGAAGCAGGUCGAUGAGAUGUCUAUGGCGACUACGGAUGACGAUGGGGAUGAUGAUGCCCCGCAAGUCGAUAUGAAUGAGCUUCUUGAGGACUUUGAUGAACUUACUAUGGAGGAUCAGGGGGCUUAGGGGAAAAUAGCCAUACCACGACUACGGUUGUGACUAGGUUUGAGUCGGUGUUGCGGUUGGGAAAAUAGAUAUUAAUGAAUGAAUGAAUUAGUAAAAUGUUCUUGUCUUAAUACCGUGAGAUUUAAGAGCCACAUCAGUGGAUUUGGUAAUGAAUUCCGACGUGUGUGAAAUAAUAAGUGAUAGCAAUUAUCAGUCAUAUGAGUUACA